AUGUCAGACCGAAGCAGCGUAACAACCACGCUUCCAUCUUGCCUUCAGGGCGACCGCGCCGGCUUGUCCACCUUGGAAUUCCGCGCGCCACAUGUGUUACGCGGCCUUCAUGUGGUGCCACGCCCCGAACGUGUGCUUGGCCACUGCCGCUGUGUUUCUGGCACCUGUGAGAAUCGCGCAUUCCACGCAUGGCAGCAUCAUGUCGCCUCUGAAAAAUCCUUGGUGUCCCGACCCCUUUGCGGAAACGAUGCAUUGCGACCAAGGUGCCGCAUGCGACCAGCCCCGACCAACAUCUACAACCCGGAGGUCAUUGCCGCCUUGAACUCCCGAGGAGGACCCAUUUGGACUCGCUUGCUGAAGGGUGAGCUGCCCAGCUGGCGCAGCAAGAAGUCUCGGACGUCUGAUUUAGGUCCUUGA